UAGUAGCUGCUAGCAUAUCCCACACUACUCACGCUAACAAUGUCAAUUAUGUUCUCGCAGGAGCUUCCCAUCUACACCGCACUCGUGCUACUUGUUCUUCCCCUGUACUACUUGUACUCCAAGGCUACUUGUAGAUCAAAGAACCCUGCAGUGCUCCCCACAAACUGGCCAAUACUGCACAUGUUCCCUUCCUUCCUGGCCAACCUCCAUAAGAUGAAUGACUAUUUCACCCUGGUCCUCGCCGGAUCAGGCCACAACUUCAGGGCGCACGGCCCACCCGGGACCGGGAUGCGGUUGUUCGUCACAUGCGAUCCUGCCAACAUCCGGCACAUCUUCACGACGAACUACACCAACUUCCCCAAGGGUGCGGAGUUCGCCGCAAUCUUCGACAUCAUGAGCGGCGGCAUCUUCACCAUCGACGGUGAGCCAGCUUGUCGGCAGCGCACGAAAAUCAAGAGCGUGCUCAGCAGCCCACGGUUGGUUGCAAGGAUUGAGGCUUGGUGCCGCGACAAGGUGGAGAACAACCUCCUCCUGUUGUUUACGCACAUGGCGAGCACGAGCACUUCGUUCAACAUGCAAGAACUGAUGUCGAGGUUAAUGUUUGACCUUGCUGCUACGCCUCUCUUCGGCGUGGAUUCCGGCCUUCUAUCUGUGGACAUGCCUCCCAUGGAAGCCGCAGUCGCCAUGGAUACAGUCAUGGAGGUGGCAUAUUUUCGGGUCGUGGUGCCUGCUUCUUGUUGGAAGUUGAUGAGGUGGCUGAACAUCGGCCCUGAGAGGAAGCUCAAGGCAGCGCACAAGGUGCUGCGUGGGUUUGUCAUGGAGAUGAUGGAGAGGAGGAAGAUUAACACAUCUUCCGUUGGUAAUGGCAAGCAACAUGAGGUUGUUGAUAUAAUGUCUUCCUUCCUCGACGACCCCUAUUAUACCGAUGAUGACAUGUUCAAUGCAUUGACCAUUAGCUACAUGAUCACUGCGAGGGACACAGUUGGAACGGCCCUGACAUGGAUUUUCUACAACCUUUCCCAGAACCCUAAUAUUGUGUCAAUCAUCCGCAAUGAACUCUCACCGAUUGCAUCACGCAAAGUAGCGUCCCAUCCAGAUGCCAUGGUAAUUUUUGAGCCGGACGAGACUAAAUCUCUAGUCUAUCUGAGAGCUGUCUUGUACGAGACUCUCAGAUUGUACCCACCAGCCCCUCUCGAGCGCAAGAUGGUGGCCGCCAAUGAUAUCAUGCCGAGUGGUCAUGAGGUGCAUGCCGGCGACACCAUCCUUAUUUCUCUCCACUCCAUGGGAAGAAUGGAGGGUAUAUGGGGUAAAGACUGCCUCAACUACAAUCCAAAUAGGUGGCUCUCGGAGGAUGGCAACGAGCUGAGGUUCGUACCAUCUCACAAGUUCUUGGCCUUCAGCUCGGGUCCGAGGAUGUGCCUCGGCAACGACAUCGCGGUUAUGCAGAUGAAGACAGUCAUCGCCUCAACGUUGUGGAACUUUGAUGUUGAGGUAAUGAAAGGGCAAUGCAUCGAGCCUAAGUCAUCUUGUAUACUGGAGAUGAAAAAGGGACUCAUAGUUAAGCUGAAGAAGCGAGAGAUGUUACAUUAGAGCAAGUCAAAUAAGGCAUACUCAACAGACUAUAGCAAGUGCCAUGUCAUUUAAAUCCUAAGUGGAAAGGAGAGAGAGUGAAGCGGAUGCUAAAUCUGUAGCCAGGGUGUAGCACAAGCUACGAGGCAGAAGAGCUAGCUUGCAGCAUGUGCAAGCGCUAGAGCUGGCUCUUAGUCUUCUCAUCCAAUCAUGUGUGCUUUUCUGCCUUCUUCAUAUGCAAGAAUUAAAUGCUAUAGCCGACUUUAAUAUGCAAUCUAAAGCCAGUCUAUUAUAUGAU